AUGGAGACUGUUCGAGUUGAUGGGGAACUUGACAGAAAUUCACAUCAUGGUGAUAACAGAGACUCUCAUGGACCAUCAACAGUGGUAACAAACAGCGAUGAAUCACAGCUUAUGACUCCAGGAAAAAUGAACCAGCACCAGGGGAAAGAGGCCUAUUUUACUCCAACCAAAGAGUUACUCCAACCAUGUCUCAGCCCAGGAACUGCUCAUAGUCAUGGUUUUGAUAAAGGGAAGGACGAUGUGUCACAAAGUAGAGAGGAUGCAGCAUGUUCUAUGUCAAAAAGCAAGUCUGAAUCCAAGCUUUUCAAUGGCUCUGAGAAGGACAUCUCUUUAUCUUCAAGCAAGCUUACAAAAAAAGAAUCUCUCAAGGUUCAAAAGAAAAAUUACAGAGAAGAAAAGAAGAGAGCCACAAAAGAAUUGCUUAGCACUAUCACAGACCCAUCAGUUAUUGUUAUGGCUGACUGGCUGAAGAUUCGUGGUACCUUGAAAAGCUGGACCAAACUGUGGUGUGUACUGAAGCCAGGAGUGUUGCUUAUUUACAAAACUCCCAAAAAUGGCCAGUGGGUAGGAACAGUGCUCCUGAAUGCCUGUGAACUCAUCGAGAGGCCAUCUAAAAAAGAUGGCUUUUGUUUCAAACUUUUUCAUCCUUUGGAGCAGUCCAUAUGGGCUAUAAAGGGUCCCAAAGGUGAAGCAGUUGGUUCUAUAACUCAGCCAUUGCCCAGCAGUUACUUGAUCAUCCGAGCAGCUUCAGAAUCAGAUGGCAGGUGUUGGAUGGAUGCUUUGGAGCUGGCACUGAAAUGUUCAAGUCUGCUUAAACGUACAAUGAUUAGGGAAGGUAAAGAACACGAUUUGAACUCUUCAGCAGACAGUACUCACGUCUCUUUCUAUGGUCUGCUUCGUGCUAACAACACGCACAGCGGAGAAAACUUACCGUUAAAUGACAGUGAAAUUGAAAGGCAGCACUUUAAAGAUCAAGAUAUGUACUCUGACAAAUCAGAUAAGGAAAAUGACCAUGACCAUGAGGAAUCCGAUAAUGACGGAUUGGGGAAGAGCGAAGAAAGCGACAGUGACACAUCAGAGCGACAGGAUGAUUCUUACGUCGAUCCAGAACCAAUUGAUAUUAAGGAAACUACUUACUUAGAACAGAGUCAUGAAGAACUUGGGGAGGCAGGGGAGGCUGCUCAGACAGAAGUAGUGUCAGAAGAAAACAAAAGUUUGAUCUGGACACUACUGAAGCAAGUCCGGCCAGGAAUGGACUUGUCCAAGGUUGUACUGCCUACAUUUAUCUUGGAACCUCGCUCUUUCCUGGACAAGCUGUCUGAUUACUACUACCAUGCAGACUUUCUGUCUGAAGCUGCUCUUGAAGAGAAUGCUUACAAUCGCAUGAAAAAAGUAGUGAAGUGGUAUUUGUCAGGAUUCUACAAAAAGCCAAAGGGACUAAAAAAGCCGUACAAUCCUAUACUUGGAGAGACUUUCCGCUGCAUGUGGAUUCAUCCAAGGACAAAUAGCAAGACUUUUUAUAUUGCAGAACAGGUAUCACAUCAUCCUCCAAUAUCUGCCUUCUAUGUUAGCAACCGCAAGGAUGGUUUUUGCCUUAGUGGUAGCAUUCUGGCCAAAUCAAAAUUCUAUGGGAAUUCAUUAUCUGCCAUACUAGACGGAGAAGGACGGCUAACAUUUCUAAAUAGGGGAGAAGAUUAUGUAAUGACGAUGCCAUAUGCUCAUUGUAAAGGAAUUCUUUAUGGCACAAUGACCUUAGAGCUUGGAGGAACAGUCAACAUCACCUGUGAGAAAACUGGCUACAGUGCAACAAUUGAAUUCAAACUCAAGCCUUUUUUGGGUAACAAUGACAGUGUUAACCAAAUAUCAGGGAAAAUUAAACUUGGCAAAGAAGUUCUGGCUAUUUUGGAGGGUCACUGGGACAGUGAAGUUACUAUUAGUGAUAAGAAGACAGAUGUUUCAGAGACAUUCUGGAACCCAACAUCUGAUAUCAAGCAGCGUAGGUUACCUAGAUACACAGUGAAGUUUGAAGAGCAAGAUGACUUUGAGUCAGAGAAGCUUUGGCAACAAGUAACAAGAGCAAUAAAUAAUAAAGACCAAACAGAAGCUACUCAAGAGAAAUAUGUUCUGGAAGAAGCUCAAAGAAAGAGUGCCAAAGAGAGGAAACUUAAGGGUGAAGAGUGGACGUGCAAGCUGUUCGAUCAGGAUUCAGUCACAGGAGAAUGGCACUACAAAUAUGCUGAUACCAGACCAUGGGACCCCUUGAAUGAUAUGAUCCAGUUUGAAAAAGAUGGCACAAUCCAAACAAAAGUUCGACAUCGGACACCAAUGGUUACUGUUCCAAAAAUCAAGCGAAAGCCAGCCAGUCAGAAGAAAGGAGAGUGUGGUUUCUCAUCCCCAGAGCCUGAUAACCAGGAUUCCUCUGGGAGUGAAGCACAACUUCUGAAGCAUAAUACAAGAAUAAGGAAAAAAGGGGCAGACCUUGGUGAAUUGCAGAGUGCCAUUGAAUCUAUAAAGGAAACACAGGAAGACAUUAAGAGAGACAUUAUGGCUCUACGAAACAGAGUCACUUCUAAUUCGCCACCCGUGGACUUCCAUUUCUUGCAGUUUAAGCACUAUGUCUUCAUUUUACUCGUGGUUCUGCUACAGCUUAUCAUUAAUUUCUUGUUCAAAUAG